AUGCCGGAGGUGUCUUCAAAGGGUGCAACUAUCUCCAAGAAAGGAUUCAAGAAAGCUGUUACUAAAACUCAAAAGAAAGAAGGGAAAAAGCGCAGGAGAUGCAGAAGAGAGAGCUAUUCAAUAUACAUCUACAAAGUCUUAAAGCAAGUUCACCCAGAUACGGGCAUCUCGUCAAAAGCUAUGAGCAUUAUGAAUUCUUUUGUCACUGACAUCUUUGAGCGUAUUGCAGGUGAGGCGUCGCGCCUGGCGCAUUACAACAAGCGUUCAACCAUCACAUCCAGGGAGAUCCAGACAGCUGUGCGCCUGCUGCUGCCUGGGGAAUUGGCUAAGCAUGCCGUGUCUGAAGGCACCAAGGCUGUUACCAAGUACACGAGCUCCAAGUAA